AAUCAACCAAUUGAAGUGAUUCUUGCCGGUUAUAAAUAUGGAAAGAUACGAUUGCACUGAUCAUAGAGUUGUGUGGUGAUACAGAGGUGUUUGUGAUUGUUGCAAUGGCGUCGAUCGGAGAAGUGGAGAAACCUACUGUGGAGCAGCCGGCCGGGGAGGCUCCAGGCGCGGCAGAGCAGCCUCAAGCGGCGGCGAAGCCUGUUAAGGAGAAGAAGGUUAGGGUUCCGAAAGAGAAAAAGGCUAAAGUUCCAAAAACUGCGACUCAUCCUCCUUACUUUCAGAUGAUCAAGGAGGCUGUGUCGGCUCUGAACGAGAAGAACGGCUCGAGUCCAUACGCGAUCGCGAAGCACAUGGAGGAGAAGCACAAUGGAGAACUGCCGGCGAAUUUCCGGAAGAUUCUAGGCCUGCAACUGAAGAACAGCGCCGCUAAAGGCAAGCUGAUCAAAAUCAAGGCUUCCUACAAGCUAUCCGAGGCGGGUAAGAAGGACGAAACGGCUAAACCUAACGCAGCGAAGAAGAAACCGAGCAGUGCCGCGGCGGCGCCCAAAGCGGUUGAGGAAGCGAAGGCGGCGGCGGUGGUGAAGAAGAAAGUUGCGGCUAAGAGGAGCAAGAAAUCUACUCCGAAGAAGCCGAAGCAGCCCAAGUCUAUCAAGUCUCCGGCGAAAAAGACCAGGAAGGCGGUUGCUGCAUGAGAGUUGUGUAUAUAUAGAUAGAUAUAUAAAUAGAGUUUAAAUACUUAAAACGAAUAAAGCCUACUAUGUGAAUUGAAGUACCUCCUAUUAAAUGUAAGAAAAGUCCUCUUUUUCUGUAUAUGUUUGUAGGAUUAUAACAA